AUGCUCUCAGUCCGAAUUGACGCAGCAACCUUUUCCCUUUGGGGUCUUUCGCCGAGUGGAGACCAUUUCAUAGGAAGAGCUCCUAUGCUUUUAGAUACAUCAGAGAUAAUCUUUAGGACUGUCCUCAAUAGUGAUCCUAGAAGGCAAUCAUUUGUCUAUAUUUGUUACACUACCGACGACAUCAAGGAGUCAGACUUGAAGGUGUUGCAGCUGGGAAGUGGCAUCAUGCCCAAGCUACUCGGGCAAGACGGGCGUUUGCUAUACGAAGCGAGAGAAAAGGACAAGAUCAACAAGAACAGCUACAAGGAGUAUCUGGCAAUGCUUGAUGACAAUCUCCAAAGCCUGUCAGCAACCAAGCAAUAUGACAUGAAGAGUGCUACUCACCAGGACCCCCUUACCGCCUCAGCGGUGGCAGUGAAGCUUCAGGGUGGGAUGACUGGCAAGAUUCAGAUCUCCCACGGAGAUCAUUCCAAGAUUUUGUCUCAGCAAACGGCCUUCUACGCAUCAGCUGUUGAGAUUGUACGCCGAGAGCUGGUUCAGUAUGGAAUGAUCGUUAGCAACCUCGCUAAAGAAACCAAGGACCAGCGUAGCAAAAUCCGAGCAAUCGCCAAACAGUUGCUAGGAUAUCUUGACGCAUACCAGCCGAAAAUUGUUGGCAAGGACAAGGCCGCUGCUCCUGAGGACAAGGCUGCUACCAAGGACAAUUAA